UUUCUCGCAGCGCGCACAAAUCCCUUUGAUGUGGAUCUGUCACACUUUGUCAAGCUUUUGUAUGGCUAAAGCAGGAGAUUUCCCACCGACAGGACACAGUUUGCGGAGUUAAAAGUUGUUACCGUUUGUGUCUCGAACGACUCUUUCUACCACGAUACCAAUGAUGACCGAGAACAACGAGGUGGAGAGCGACUCUCAGCUCCAGCGCUCUCCGAGCACCAUGUCCAUCCAGCCGAUGUCAUCCAAGCUCCAAAGGCUGAAACGCUCACUAUCCUUCAAGACCAUCAUGCGCAGUAAGAGCGUGGAGAACUUCUUCCAAAGGUCCUACAGUGACGCCCGCCUGCCUCCGGAUUUCAUCACCGACCCGCCGCCUCCUUCUCCCCCUCUGCUGCCAGGCUCUCCUCUCGUCGGCGAGCGCUCACCGUCCAUUUCGCCGUCUCUCAGCCCCAACCCCUCCAUCUCCUCCCACUCCCCGUCUCUCAGCCUUUCCCCAUCACUGCCCAGCAAGCCUCCCCGACCUCAGAUUACCCACUGUUUUCAGGACCAUGUCUUUCGCAAGCCCACCAAUUGCCAGCACUGCAAGCACAUGAUAGUGGGAAACUCCAAGCAAGCUCUGCGGUGUAAAACAUGCAAGAUGGCUGCUCACCUGUGGUGUACCUCAGAACUAUCGCAGCAGACAUGUCAUGGGAAGUCUGGAGCGUUCAAGCGAAACUUCAGCUCGCCGAUGCUUGUCAAUGACCAACUGGCUGUUGUCAAGGAAGUUCAACCAAGCCAAGAAGCUGCCCGGACACGUGUAGACCCCGUGUAUGCCGCCUUGCGCUACGGGACAUCCUUGGCACAGAUGAGCCGCUCCAGUUUUGGCAGCUUGUCAGAGUCACCAACACGCAGCCUGGGGGAGGGAGGUGAGGAGAGGCAGCAGAGACAGUGCAGCAUGGAGGAAGAGAUAACUCAGGAGACAGGGGACCCCUCUGUCCCCGACGCCGAGAUAGAGAAGGAGGAAGACGAGAGCAGCGGCCAAGCUCAGACUCCUGCUGAGGAGGAAACACAGAAGGUGCCCAAGCGCAUUGAAGUUCACUCCAUCCACACCUAUGUAGCACUCUACAAGUUUCUGCCUCAGGAACAGAAUGACCUGGAACUACAUCCCGGUGAUCGGGUGCAGGUCACUGACGACUCUAAUGAGGAGUGGUGGAAGGGAAAGAGUGGUGACAGAGUCGGCUUCUUCCCUGCCAACUUUGUGCAGCGGGUCCGGCCAGGAGAGAGAGUGUGGCGGGUCAUCCAGGGCGUUUCCGGCAACCGGGAGCGAGGACACAUGGCCGUCAGGGAAUCCCAGAUCUGCGUGGGGAAGCGAGAAGACGGCGAAAUGUUUCUGAAGCUGAGCAGUGGCAAGAAGAGAGGGCUGGUCCCAGCUGACUCCAUAGAGGAGAUCUGAGCCUCUGUGUGCACAGCCCCCGUCUUACCACUUCUACUACCCUCCCCCCAAGGGACGCACCCAUCUUCAAACUAUCACCCCCACCCUUCCCCUCACCUCAUCUCACCACAGCCUCUCCAGCCAGUCCUGACUGACUCAAACCGAACAUCGAUAAAUUGGACAGAAAAUACACGCACCAUGUGUUUACUAACCCCCCCCCCCCCCCCCCCCCCCCCACACUGCCCCAGUGAACACAUGGGUUCUAGUUGAAUUGGUUUGCUGUUAGUCUUCUCAGCAGUGCUGCUGUAGGUUUAUCUUUUCAAAUACAAAAAUCUAUGAUUAGUCAGCCAAAGGGUGCACAAGUCAAAAAUGCUUUAAAUGUAUUUGCUGGAUGCUGGUUCUGGUUUUGUUUUUCCUUAUCAAAAAGACAUCUACCAACGUGGGAGGAGGCUGUGUCCUGUCAUGAGAACAUGAUGCUUCUGUCAGUGUCCUUUUUCGUCUUGUUUCUACCCACUCCGUAUGUCUCAUCCCUAUGUGCUCGUGUCAGGAUCUCUGGCCUGGGGACUGGUAUCAGCUUCAUACAAACUGGUACACAACAUUAGGCCCUCGCCAAGGACAACCACUGCCAGCCAGAGAAAGCUUUUGCCAUUCAGGCAGACAGAAGAAUCAGAUGA